AUGGCCAAGCCCAAGAGGGACGAGGCCGGCAUGAAUGAAGAUAAACGCCUCCUCGCCAGUGAAGAGGGCAAGAAGCUCAGUGGUAAGGAGCGUCGCCAGUUUCGUAACAAGAUCUCCGCUCGUGUUUUCCGCUCUCGUCGCAAGGGGCAGAUUGGUCAACUCGAGGGUGAAAUUGCUUCCUGCGCCAACGAAGCCCAUGACCUGCGCCUCCAGAACCGCCGGCUACUCGAGGAAAACGCUUGCCUGAACGAACUCGCUCGAACGCUCCUCGGCUCCCCUCAUUUCGCCAACUUCCUGAAUGAGAUGCCCAACAAUACUGUGUCUCCCCAGAUCCUGACUCAACAGGCUGCCCCUCGAGAAGUCAGCCAGUACCAGGAGUUCCAGAUGCAGCAAGACCCCCCAGUCCGGCAUGGUCAUGGCCCCCAACCAGGGCAUGGACGCAAACCAAGCUGGACCACGAAAGACCCGCCGGCACACCGACAAAGAAAAGAACUGUUUUCGGGUCAGUACACGGCAGUAGGACGACUCACAUGA